CCAGCUCUUGGUUCUCUUGAGCUACUCCAUUGCAAUAGGUCAUUCCCACUGGCCUUCUUCAGAUAGCUGUCUGCCAAAGGUUUUCUGAGAUAACUUGCGUCUCCAUGGAGUAUAUCCUUGAGAGAAAGCAGGAGAGAAGGAAAAUAUAGCUGAAAAAAUUAGGCAUAUAUCUCCAGCAGAAUUUCAAGGGGUAAAGCCUGCCUGCCUGGACUUUAAGGAGGUACCCACACUGACACAGAGAUUGGUAACAGCACUGUUCAGCCUUGCUCUUGCUGAGGAAGUUUCCCCCCAACACUGCAACGAUGAAUUUCCUCCGGCGGCGUCUCUCAGACAGUAGCUUUGUGGCAAAUCUGCCCAAUGGCUACAUGAUGGACUUGCAGCGCCCUGACAGCUCCACGAGCUCCCCGGUUUCUCCUGCCACGGAGAGAAAGCACCUGCAGCCACCCCAACCCUCGCACUCUUCCUCUACCGGCAGCAGCAUCUUCAGCUCCAUCUCCAGCGCCAUGAAGCAAACCACGCAGGCGGCCGCGGGACUGAUUGACCACUCAGCUGGCCCCGCACCCCCUGUGGCACAGAAACCCAAGAUCCUCCUGGUGAUCGAUGACGCGCACACAGACUGGGCCAAAUAUUUCCAGGGGAAGAAGGUGAAUGGAGAAUUUGAUAUCCGAGUGGAACAGGCUGAGUUCUCUGAGUUGAACCUGGCUGCUUACGUCAUGGGUGGCUGCAUGGUGGACAUGCAGGUCAUGAGGAACGGCACCAAGGUGGUCAGGUCUUUCAAGCCAGAUUUUGUCCUGAUCCGCCAGCAUGCCUACAGCAUGGCGCUGGGGGAAGACUUCCGCAGCCUCAUCAUCGGCCUCCAGUAUGGUGGCAUCCACACGGUGAACUCCCUCUACUCCAUCUACAACUUCUGCAGCAAGCCCUGGGUGUUCUCUCAGCUCAUUAAAAUCUUCAACUUGCUGGGCCCUGAGAAGUUCCCCCUGGUGGAACAAACUUUCUUCCCAAGCCAUAAGCAGAUGCUCACAACUCCAAAUUUUCCUGUAGUGGUCAAGCUGGGACAUGCUCAUGCUGGAAUGGGGAAGGUCAAAGUUGAGAACCAGCACGACUUCCGGGACAUGGCCAGCAUAGUAGCCAUGGCAAAAACCUAUGCCACCACCGAGCCAUUCAUUGACUCCAAAUAUGACAUCCGAAUCCAGAAAAUUGGCAGCAACUACAAGGCUUACAUGAGGACUUCUAUCUCUGGAAACUGGAAGGCAAAUACAGGUUCUGCGAUGCUAGAACAGAUUGCAAUGACAGAGAGGUACCGACUCUGGGCAGAUGCCUGCGCAGAAAUGUUUGGAGGCCUGGAUAUCUGCGCUGUCAAAGCUGUCCACAGCAAAGAUGGAAAAGACUAUAUCAUUGAGGUGAUGGACAGCUCAAUGCCCCUGAUUGGGGAGCACAUAGAAGAGGACAGACAACUUAUAGCUGAUCUGGUUGUUUCCAAAAUGACUCAGCUUGUUGUCACUGCUGGAUCUACACCGUCGCCAUUGAGGCCUUGGCCUCCACAAGUUCAGCCUGUGUCAAUGAAAUCUCAGACUGGACCUCCGCUUGGACAACUGUCACAACCACGGCCUCCUCCACAAGGUGGACCACGCCAGCCACAGGGAUCUCAGCCUCCACGAACAAAUGCACCCCCACAGCAGCGGCUGUCUCCUCAAGGACAGCAGCCCCAGAGUCCCCAGUCCACUUCCCCUCAGCAGCAAAGGUCACCUGGAUCUCCACAGCAAGUUCGAUCAGCAACUGGCUCCUCUCCAGUCCAGGCCUCCAAGGCAGGCGCGUUCCCUCCACAGCAGCCUCGGCCUCCUGCCCAAGGCCGGGCUCCCAGCCAGCCAAGCCCCACGGAAAUGUCCAAGCAGCAAACCUCCCCACACCCACACCUGAACAAAUCGCAGUCCCUGACAAACAGCUUCAGCAUAUCUGAGUCAUCUCAGCGAGGAAAUGCCACUGAAGACGAAGCAAAAGCUGAGACCAUCCGCAACCUGAGGAAAUCAUUUGCUAGCCUGUUUUCUGAUUAACAGUCCUGCAGCUGGAUCUGUGCUUUUUUCAGCCCUCACUCUACAUUAUGUCAUACCUGUUGUCAUCCUGGAAUACAAUCAGUGAACCCAGCGACUUACAACUAA